AUGAACGAAAUACGAAAAUUAUGCAGUGUUAUAACAAGUCAAUCGUUAACGUUAACCAAUGAUGAUUAUAUUCAACAUUUAGAUUUAAUAUGGUCAUUAUUCAAUUCAGUUGAUCCAUUACAUAUUCUUCCAUCAUUAGCAUUAAUUGGACAAUCAAUAUCCUAUUUAUCUCUUCAACAAAUAGAUUCAAUAAUUAAACAUCAAAUAUUUAUAUGUUUAAGACAAUGGUGUGAACGUUUAUUAAAUAUUUGGUUAAUUAAUGGAACAUUUAAUGCGGAUGAACAACGUGCUCUAUUUUAUACUUAUCAAGUAUUUAAAUUAUUAACAGAAUGGUUACAAUCAAAAAAUGAUUCACAUUUAUCUUUUAAUCAAAAUGAAAUUGAAAAUAUUAAUGAAUUAUUUUUUAAUGAUAGUUUUUUAUUAACAUUAAGUAGAAUAAUUAAUCAAUUAUGUACAAUAAAUAGUGAAGAAAUAAUAACUGAACAAGUAGAAAAUGAUAAAGUACAAGAACAACUUGUCAUUAAAUUAUAUGAAAAUAGUCGACCUAUUACGGAUGAUGACGAACAUAGUGAUGGUAUAAGUGCAUUAUCGGAUGAUAUUGAUCGAAAAGACACACCAUCCGUCUCACUUUCAGCUGAUGAUAUUGAACUAAAAAGUAUUGAUGAAAAACGUUCAAAAGCAAAUCCAUCCAUGUCAUUAUCAACAGACGAUAUUAGUAAUCAACGAGCAAUAAAUGGUGAUGAUACGUCAGAUCUUUUAUUUCGUGGUGCAACUAUUUUUGUUACAUUGUAUACACAUUUAUUACAAAAUAUCUCAUUUGAUGAUACAAAUAAUAAUAAUUUAUAUUUAAUAACUGAAGCUAUUAUGAAUUGUUUAACA